AUGUCAGCGCUAGACGCUGCCGGCUUCGUGCUGGCCCUGCUGGGCUGGGUGCUGAUCGGAGUGUGCCUGGGGGUAGACCAGUGGAGAGUCUCCACACUGGACGGCAGUGUCAUCACCACCUCUACCAUCUACGAGAACCUGUGGAAAAGCUGCGCUAGCGACUCGACCGGAGUUUACAACUGCAGGGACUUCCUCAGCCUGUUCGGCCUCUCAGAUUAUAUCCGUGCUUCCCAGGCCUUGAUGAUCAUUUCCAUCUUGUUGGGAUUUUUUGCUGGAAUUACCAGUUUGUUUGGACUGAAAUGCACACUACUGGGUAACACGGAACCCACUGUGAAGGCAAAGGUGGCUACUGCUGGAGGGGUCCUGUUUAUUAUAGCCGCCCUGUGUGCAAUGGUCCCAGUUUCCUGGUACGCCUUCAAUGUCACUGUGCAGUUUUAUGAUAUGACCUACCUCGGUACCAAGUAUGAACUGGGACCGGGCCUCUACAUUGGCUGGGCAGGAGCAUCUCUGGAGCUGAUUGGUGGGAUCUGCCUGUGCUGCUCAUGCCGAACGGCCAAGGAUGUCAGAGGUAGCUACACGUACACAUACAAGACGGCCAGAUCCCCCCAGCCGGGAGAGGUGUCCAAGAAAUGGAACUCGGAGCCGGAUAAUGCCAGCAACUACGGGAAGAACGCUUACGUUUGAGGGCGUUCUUACCUCUGGUGCCUUGACUCUCUCUAGUGCAUGGGCUUGGGGCGGGGGGGAUCCUUACUCUGUGGGGGAUGGCUAUCUCCUGUCACCCUACAUGCAUCCACUUACAAACCUCGUGAGAUAGGACUGGAGUCAGUUUUUUUCUCUCUCUCUAUUGCCUUUUGCUAAAAAUAUCUAAUCAUUGUUUCUGACGGAGCUUCUAUAUAGGUAAAAACA